AGACGGACACUGGGAAACGACGAGUAUGACAAUCAGGAAGACGACCGGGAAGAAGACUAGGAGGAAGACCAGGGACAGCGCCGAAAGAAGUGAGACCAACCCAACCGGACUAGAUCGACGAGGUCCACGGCAAAGGCGGAGACUACUUGCAUCUCCCCAGCCCCGACAUUUGUUGGAGUUGUCUUGCUGGCAAAACAGGGAUGUCGUACGCACCAUCCAUUGCUCCCAUCACUAAUGCCCGCCUUGACAAAGUCAAGCACCUCGGCCAUGUCUUGACGUACGAUGACCGCAGAAUGCGUCAAGCCGAAAUUGUCGAGGUCGCAAACCAAAAUUACAUCGACGGGAUAACGCGGCCUCUGUCCGUAGAGUCUUGUUGGUGCAGGGCGACUUCGGGGUAUUCUUGGUCCAGCUUGCCGUUGAGGCACAGACAUGCGCCUUACGGUCACGCCGUUGUUUUCCUUGACUCGUCCAUUUGUUCGUCGGGGUUGGAAGCCAACAGAUGCAGCAUAGAUGUGGGCCUUCUUGACUCUUUAUCGCGCUGCCGGUAUGUCAUCAGAAUCGAUGUUGGCGUCGCCCGAGGCCAGCGCCUACUCCUCGCUUCACAGUCCAGCAUCCUUCUUCUGCCCUGUUGGCAAGCUACGCGGUGGUCCUGGGGCCCUAUGGAGGUGUUUGUGCCAUUCAACUUAACGACCUCUCUUGUUCGGAUGUGGUCCUACCGGUCACAUAACCUGUCCGGUAGCCUGGUGAGCCUUAUGACCACCCCGCGCCCAGUGGUCGGAGGAUGGGAACUGAGGCGGCCGUGGCGCACACAGCGGAUUCUUAGCGUCAAAGUCAGCAAUGCGACAGAACACCAUUGCGGAACGGUUCGCGCUCACUGGAAUCAUGGCCGUUGACCCGCGAGAUUGUUGCUACCUUAGGUGCGGCUGUCGCCACAGCGCUGACAGGAGCGUGAUCCUUACUCGAGGACUGCCACAACCUUGGCCCGCCAACCUCGAGCACUCACAGUAUGCCCAUGUUCAUUGCUACCCCUACUCCAGUCUACUCCCUUUUGCUCAUCUCUAGGUUCAACACAUUUCCAUGCAGCACAGCGAGGCUAAC